ACUUGCGUCAAUAUCAAAACGCAGCUUGGCUUCGAGAAGGAACAGAGAGAAAAUUUAGCUCGAUUGAGAGGAAAAAAAAUGCCCGGACAAAUCUUUAGGACGUGUUGUUGUUGUGAUCUAAGAACUGGUGUCAUACUUAUCGCACUGUUCUCCAUGGGUAUUGCUGCUAUAAAUAUCUAUACUGGAGUUGGUGCAGUACUUGAACUCAAGCAUCUUCAGCCAAAAAUUGACCAUGAAGAGAAAGAUCAACUUCCUAUUCCAUGGAAGUACUAUGAUGACACCAUCAACCUUGGUUGGUCCAAUAUUGCCUUUUUUGCAUCCGACUUGAUAAUAAGUGUCGUGCUGUUGAUUGGUGCGCUUCAGCGUCACAAGUGCCUCCUGACUACAUGGAUGGUUUGGACAUUAGUCGGCCUCGCUUAUCACCUUUCUGUGUCCAUCUUUUUCUUGAGCAUCUGGAAAGGAGUGCCGACGUUUGGCUAUACUAUGAUUAUUGACCUCAUCAUUGCAGUAUACUUCCUUCUUGUUGUGUACUCCUUCAAACAAGAAAUCAUCAACCAAGAAAGAAACCCUAGAAUCCCCCUGGUGAUGACGGCUGGCCAACCCAUCCAAGGAUUCUCCUACCCACCAACAGGGGUAAAUCCCUAUCAACAGGCCCCUCCUCCAUACAUGUACCCAGCGUCAAAUCCUCCACCCUAUGCCCAGUGUGCACCGGCAGGGGCUCCACCAGCCAAUGAACAGAAAGUACCUUUGUAAUGGCUUGUAAUUCCUUUAGUAACAAUCUGUAGUCUCCCAAUAAUCGUUUACACCUGUGUUUUUUUUUACCUCAUUACCAUAAGAGGAUUUAUUGUUUAUCUAGAGGAUAGGGGGCUCUACGGCAAUACUAUUUUUGUGUUACUCAGGGCACUUUCCAUUAAGUCCAACCGACAGGUCCAAGUACUCAAAUGGUACAUUUUGGUUCUUAUUAGUUUUUAGAACUUCAUCAACCAGUUCUAUAGAACUAAUGCAUACCAUUUAAGAACUGGUGGCUUGGACUGGUCAGUAGGACCUAAUGGAAAAUGCCCUCAGUGUCUGUCCCGUUCUUCUUAUCUUUGAUGCCCCACCUGAAAACAAAGUGAUCCUAAGUGUUGUAGUUUCCUUUCUGUCUAUCCUUCUAACUUAAUGCUCACUAUAUAUCUAUUUUACUUCAAACAAUAGUGCACAUGUUUUAGAGCAGAUACAGUGAACUGUCUAAUUUGGUAGGGCAGGACUUAAAAUAACGGCCCGACAUCUGACAAUGUCUGUCCAGAAUUGGGAGUUUUCUGUUCAAUUCUUUACCUUCCUGGUCGUUUUGACCAGUAAUAUUGAGAAAGGUAUGACUGAGAUAAAACUUAUUUGGUCGGCCAUCAUGAUUGGCGACUUAGCUGCAGUUAUUUUAAGCCCUGAUAGCCUAAACCAUGUUAGGAGAUUUUCACUCACAAGUGUCCUAAAAUACAUCUUUGAAAUGGACUGCAUUUAGUUUAGAAACCAGCAUGGGUACUCAUGUGUCAGUGUGCUUUUAUAUUAUUCUCAUCAGAAUCUAAAGAUUAGAUGACUAGUUGGCAAGUAUUUACAAAAAAUAUUGCAUUGAUAGCAAAAUAAAACCAACUUCCUUUGUAAGGUUAAUAAGAUAUCAUUUUUUCAACAAAACCAAUCCAAGCAAGCUCCUCAGCUUUUAGACUUCCCAUGCAUAUUCUUCCCAUUUUAACUUUAAAAUGUGCAAUAUUAUGUAAAACACCUAAAUUCUUUAUAUAUCAUGGUGUGAACUUAAAGAAAAAAACUUACUAACAACUAUUUGUGGGAUGAAAAAAAAAAAGUUAUACUGAUUACGAAGAUUCAGUGAUUUGUAUUUUUGAACAUCUUCAAGCAGGCUGAUUUAAGUCGUUUAUAGGCCCUAGCACUUUAUUUUACAUAUGUGUGUUAUUAUUUUGUAUAACGAUUGYAAUAACCAAGUCUUAUAAUAAAACAUGACAUCAACUCUGAUGUCGAUAAACCAA